UGUUUGCUGUUCAUCAUUGAUGGAUCAGAUUAUAACAACUCUAAACUCCAGACCGAGUCUUCGGAUCACCCCUGACUUCUUGCGCUGCGGUGAUGAUGAUGAUGAUGAUGAUCGUUUGUGAUGUUUGUACCGGACCGCUCGAGGAUGUCGGGACAGGAGCACCUUUCAUUCACAUCAUGGAUCACAGGAUGUGUGUAUGAAUUGAGAUGGAGCUCAGGCCAGUGAUGGAGGCAGGACUGAACUGCAGCUCUCACUGUGAGUCUGGCGUCUGCUUCAUCUACCCCGGAGUGAACCUCCAGCAGGGCUGGGACGUCCUGCAGAGACUGUGCGCGCUCGCAGCGUGGGGUGUGGAUGCACAGAGUCCAUCGCUGUCUCCUGCUCUCCGUGCUGUAGUCUGGACGCUGCUCUCUUGUGGGAUUCUGCUUUCGCUCUUCUUCCUCAUUUUCACGCUGCGCUUCAAAAACAACAGGAUAGUGAAGAUGUCCAGUCCCAAUCUGAAUGUGCUGACUCUGUGUGGAAGUGUACUCACAUACAGCAGCGGCUUCUUAUUCGCCGUGGAGGAGAGAGCGCUGCUAUCAGGAGCAGGGUCCAGGGCUGUCUUACAGGCGCGGAUGUGGACUCUGUGUAUCGGCAGCUCUCUGGUGUUCGGCCCCAUUCUUGGGAAAACAUGGCGGCUCUACAGAGUGUUCACUCAGCGUGUGCCCGACAAGAGAGUGAUCAUUAGAGACAUCCAGCUGAUGGGUUUGGUUGCUCUGCUUGUCCUAGUUGAUGUAGUUGUUCUAGCAGCAUGGGGUCUGACGGAUCCGAUCAAGUGCUCAAACUCUAUCAGUGCUAUGGUGAAGGUUGUAGAAAGGGAUGCGUUCUACUCUCUGUCCCAGUUGGACUCCUGUUCUUCUCUCUACUCGGACCUGUGGGUAAUCUUGCUCUCUGUGCUUAAGGGCAGUCUCCUCCUGUAUGGCACAUAUCUUGCCGGCCUGACAAGCAAUGUGAGCUUACCUCCAGUAAACCAGUCUAUGACCAUCAUAGGUGCUGUCUGUCUGGUCACCAUGUCGAGCGCUGUGGCCGUACCUGUGUCUCUUUACCUGUACGCCUGGCCCAAUGUGGUCUACAGUGUAGUGUCUGGAGCCAUCUUCAUCUGCACAAUGGCCAUCAAUUGUCUACUGUUUGUUCCUCAACUGACCCAGUGGAGACAGUUUGAAGAGGAGACAAACUCUCACCCCGGUCAAAUGGCCAAAUACUUCAGUAGUCCCAGCAAGACCACACACUCCAUGUACAGUGAGGAUGAGGUCUAUUAUCUACUUGGAGAAAAUGACUCCAUGAAAAGACUCAUCAAUGAGAAGAAUGCCGUUAUUGAUAGCCUACAGGAACAAGUGAACAAUGCCAAGGACAAGCUGCUCAAACUGAUGACUGCUAGCCACCCCUUGGAUGAAGUAGAAAUGGACUCCUCCAACACGAACCUCAACUCCACCUCCACCCAAACCACAGUGGUAUCUCCUGAUUCUCCAACACUAAUGAAGUAUUCAGAAGUUGCUCCCACCAGAGUUCUCUCUCCACCUCCCUAUGUACCUCCUCCACCGCUUCAUGCUCACAUUACCUCACAGCAAACAUCCCCUGAAGGUGCAGUAGCUUCAGAAGUUCCUCUGUCUUCACCAUCACACCUGAGGUAUUCACCUCCUCAAGAUGUCUCUUCUAAUGAGGUCUCUCGGGCUGUAAGUCUGAAUGAAAGCACAGAAGAUGCAGUUCCAACCAUGAACAAUCGUAGAAACUCAGGUCUUGGAAAAGAAAUUUCGGAGAAGCCACUAGAUGUGUCUGUAGAUCAAGACUAUUCAGCCCAGGGUUCCUCUCCACUAGGUCCCGCUCGAUGUAGUUUACCUCAGGUAGAGUCUCCAGUGCCAUCGGCCUCCGUUGAGCUUCCUGUCAUGUCACCAACAGGACGACUGGGUUUUGUAACCAAUGAGCAGCUAGAGGAGAUCUUGCAGGACCUGAGUGUGGAUGCCGUAAGCAGCUCCGUCAAAUCACGCGACCUCAAUCCGGGUGAACUGAACACGGCACUUUCACCCCGAUCUCCUCUACAAUACUUCUUCCCCAUCGUCUCACCCUAUCUCAUGCGUAAACGCAGACCUCCUUUUCACUCCUCGAGAGGUGGACCUCCUCCGUACUAUUUUCCAGGCUCGGUUCCUCCAGGGCGCAGAAGGGCAUCAUCACUAACGGACCAAGAAAAGUGGAGGACCGAUGGCUCUCAAAGACCUGACUUGUGGCAUGAGGGAAGGAGGAGGAGAAGGGAUGAAAAGGCACAGGCACGACGUGGCUCGGGACAGGAGAGUUGGGAAUGUUCUUCUCACAAAUGCUCCAUAAUGCCUUUCACGGGACAGGUUCCUCAGCCUGCCUCUGCUGGACUGAUAGAGGGGGUAAAAAACUCAGAGGAGCCAUAUGACUACUCAGACUCUGACUCCAGCAGCUCAGAGGACUACUCUUACUACCAGCGGCCCUACUGCGGGGCCUGUCAUCAUCCCUACGACUCUACAGACAGCCUCACCUCAGGGACCUCUGACAGCGAGGAUGAGGACUUCUACCACUCAGCACAUCCGGUUGUGAACUUUAAAGUGGACGUUAAACCAACCUUUGUCUGAACAGACUGCACAUCCACAAGUUAUAUUUGACAUGAUGCUCUUUUUGUUUUGUUUGGACCUAAUUAAAUUAUUCAGAUAUAGACUAUCUGUUUUUGUGUGUGUGUGUGUGUGUGUGUGUGUGUGUGUGUGUUUUGGUCUUUUUUUUUUUAAGAAGUCUCUUAUGCUCAGCAGGGCUGCAUUCAUUUGAAAAAUAUUUUAAAACGUAUUUAUCGGAAAUAGAAUUCAAAUAGUACUACUGUAAUCAGUAUAUUAGAAUGAUUUCUGAAGGAUCAUGUGACACUGAAGACUGGAGUAAUGCCUUCUGAUAAUUCAGCUUUGCCAACACAAGAAUAAAUUACAUUUUAAAAUAUAUUAAAAUAGAAAACAAUUAGACACAUACAUUAAUAAAACAAAUAAUUAAAAAAUCCUUUUCUGAACUUUUGACCAGUAUUUUACAUUAAAAAUGCACUUAAAUACACCUAUUCUAUGUAAAUCUUAUGUUUAAUAAAAUGUAAUUAUAUUUUUUGGUGGUGUCUAAAGUAAAGAAUAUCCAAUAGUCUUAUUAAUGGCAAAAUUCGUUUAGAAUAUUUUUUAUUAUUAUUACUUAACUAAAUCAUUAAAAUAGGAAAGGAUAUGACAGAGACAACUCUGUCAAGGUCAAUAUUUAUUAUUAUUUUUUAAUUUUUUAGUUCAGGUUUUCAGAUGUCAAACUGAAUCUGGAAUAAUGUGUUUUUUUAUUAUUAUUAUUAUUAAAAUAUGUUUGGAAAUUGUGAUGUAUACAUAUUCCGUUUACUUGAUCACAACAUUUUUUUGAGAUUUUUAGCCAUAAACUUUAUAUCAUGUAAAUGAAAACAUAAAUUAUAAUGUACUGGGUCAUAAAAAAAUUAGGUUGUUGGUCUUGCGUACCUCUUUUCUGAUUACGUAACUAAUGAAAAUGAGCCAUUUGAGUGAGUGGAGAGGGAAAGUGAGCCAAUACCAACUUUGGUCUUUCCUGUGUUUGUUAAAAAAGGUAUUUGUUUACACUUAUUUCUUCAAUAAAGCUAUUAUUAUAUA